UGCAGGGCUAUAAUCGAAGUACAAGAUGGCAAGAACCAGCCACAGCAACUAUGUCCUUCAGCAGCUAAACAACCAAAGAGAGUGGGGCUUUCUGUGUGACUGCUGUAUCGCUAUCGAUGAUAUUUAUUUUCAAGCACAUAAAGCAGUCCUUGCUGCAUGCAGCUCCUAUUUUAGGAUGUUUUUUAUGAACCAUCAACACACUACAGCCCAGCUGAAUCUAAGUAACAUGAAGAUUAGUGCUGAAUGCUUUGAUCUUAUUUUACAGUUCAUGUAUUUAGGAAAAAUUAUGACAGCCCCCACCAAUUUUGAGCAAUUUAAAGUGGCCAUGAACUAUUUACAGCUAUAUAAUGUACCUGAAUGUCUAGAAGAUAUACAGGAUACAGACUCAUCUGGUUUAAAAUGUUCAUCUUCUGCUUCUAGCACCCAGAAUAGCAAAAUGAUAUUUGGCGUGAGAAUGUACGAAGACACGCUUGCUAGAAAUGGCAGCGAAGCAAACAGGUGGGGCAUGGAGCCGCCAAGUUCAACAGUAAAUACAUCCCAUAACAAAGAGCCUGAUGAGGAAGCUUUGCAGCUAAGCAGCUUUCCCGAACAACUGUUUGAUGUCUGCAAAAAAAGCACCACGUCCAAAUUCUCUCACACAAAAGAGCGCGUGUCCCACUCGCGCCGCUUUGGAAGAAGCUUCACCUGUGACAGCUGCGGGUUUAGUUUUAGCUGUGAAAAGCUGCUGGAUGAGCACGUGUUAACGUGCACUAACAGGCAUUCCUACCAAAGUGCCAGGUACUACAGUACUGAAAAAAUAGACUUUAAUGAAAAGGACUCUACUUCUAAAGUAAUCUCCACACAAACAGACAAAUACAAGGGGGACUCGAGCCAAGCGGCGGACGAUUCUUCAUCUCCUGUGUCAAACAUCACAAGCAGAAAAAGCAGCACAGUUGCCUCCGAAACAUCAGGUGAAGAAGGAAGUAGAGCCUCUGAGAGGAAGAGGAUUAUUAUCAAGAUGGAACCAGAGGACAAUCCUGCUGAUGAACUGAAGGAUUUUAAUAUUAUUAAGGUGGCAGAUAAAGACUGCAAUGAGUCCUCCGACAAUGAUGACCUAGAUGAUGAACAGGAAGAGCCGCUUUACAGAUACUAUGUUGAGGAAGAGAUCAGAGAGAAGAGAAAUGCUCGGAGGACUUUAAAACCCCGUUUAUCCAUGGAUGAGGAUGAAAGAAAGUGUUUGAAAAGUCCGCGGCACCUUAACAGGAAAGCUCCUUCAGUGCAGGAAGACGUGGAGAAUGCUCCCUGUGAACUUUGUGGGCUAACAAUCACCGAGGAAGAUUUGUCCUCUCAUUAUUUAUCCAAACACAUAGAAAAUAUAUGUGCUUGUGGCAAGUGUGGUCAAAUACUGGUCAAAGGCAAGCAGUUACAGGAUCAUGCGCAGACCUGUGGAGAACCCCAGGAUCUGACUAUGAACGGUAUCAGAAAUUCUGAGGAGAAAAUGGACUUAGAAGAAAACCCUGAAGAGCAGUCGGAAAUAAGGGACAUGAUGUUUGCAGAGAUGCUGGAGGACUUCAGGGACAGUCACUUCCCAAUGAACAGCCUUCAGAAAAAACAGUUAUACAAGCAUUCAGCCUGUCCUUUCCGAUGCCCUAAUUGCGGUCAGCGUUUUGAAACUGAAAACCUUGUGGUUGAGCAUAUGUCAAACUGCCUGGAGCAAGAUCUGUUCAAGAACUCCAUGAUGGAAGAGAACGAGAGGGAUCACAGACGUAAGCAUUUCUGCAAUCUUUGUGGGAAAGGAUUUUAUCAGCGUUGCCACUUGCGGGAACACUAUACCGUUCAUACCAAGGAAAAACAGUUUGUUUGUCAGACAUGUGGGAAGCAGUUCUUAAGAGAGCGCCAGUUGCGGCUCCACAAUGAUAUGCACAAAGGCAUGGCCAGUAGUGAAAUAGGGACUUCUAAGCUUCUGAACAACUGAGAGAACCAGGUUUGAAGAAGACAUGAGGAAGAACUGGUCGUCAAAAGAUUUCAUAAAAACUCAGAACUGCGUGUGCCAGAUCUGAAUUGGCACCACC